GACUCUUUGGUUCGUUGAGAAAAAAAAGAAGAAAAAAACACGUUCAGAACCGCUUCAUCAAUAACAUGCCGACCGAAACUCUGUAGUAAGAGGACAUUUUCUGCAUCAGACACACACAUAGAUAGAAAAUAAAACAAAAAUGUUGGUGUCCAUGUCCGUGUGCGGCCAAGAUGAGAUUGAGUUGUCAAGAGAUGGCAGCCACUACAGUCUCUCAACUGGAAUACUACCUUCCCUUGGAGCCAAAAGUAACCGCAGACUCAAGCUCAAACCCUUCAUUAUAUCUCCCUAUGACCGCCGUUAUAGGAUAUGGGAAACUUUCCUUGUUAUUCUGGUGGUUUACACUGCUUGGGUUUCUCCCUUUGAAUUCGGAUUCCUGAAGAAACCACAAGCACCCCUUUCCAUAACCGAUAACAUUGUCAAUGGAUUUUUUUUCGUGGAUAUAGUUCUGACCUUCUUCGUGGCUUACAUUGACAAAAGCACUUAUUUGAUCGUGGAUGACCGAAAACAGAUUGCUUGGAAAUAUGCAAGGACUUGGUUGGCCUUUGAUGUUAUCUCCAUCAUUCCCUCAGAGCUUGUACAAAAGAUAUCACCUUCUCCUCUUCAAUCUUAUGGGCUAUUCAACAUGCUUAGGCUUUGGCGUCUUCGAAGAGUUAGUGCCUUGUUUUCUCGGCUUGAGAAGGACAAAAACUAUAACUAUUUUUGGGUUCGAUGCGCAAAGCUCAUUGCUGUUACCCUCUUCGCUGUUCAUUGUGCUGCAUGUUUCUAUUAUCUUAUUGCUGCACGUUAUCAUGAUCCCAAAAAGACAUGGAUUGGUGCAACCAUGGAUAAUUUCCUUGAACGCAGCUUGUGGUCAAGAUACGUGACAUCUAUUUAUUGGUCCAUUACUACCUUAACAACUGUUGGUUAUGGAGAUUUGCAUCCUGUGAAUUCAAGGGAGAUGAUCUUUGACAUUUUCUAUAUGCUCUUUAAUCUGGGGUUAACUGCGUAUCUGAUUGGUAAUAUGACCAACUUGGUUGUCCAUGGCACAAGUCGAACCAGAAAAUUUAGGGAUACCAUACAAGCUGCCUCAAAUUUUGCCCAAAGGAACCAAUUGCCGCAUCGGUUGCAAGACCAAAUGCUUGCACACUUGUGUUUGAAGUAUAGAACCGACUCAGAAGGGUUGCAGCAGCAAGAGACACUUGAUUCUCUUCCUAAAGCCAUCAGAUCGAGCAUUUCACAUUAUCUUUUCUAUUCUCUGAUUGACAAGGUCUACUUGUUUCAUGGAGUUUCAAAUGACUUGCUCUUUCAAUUGGUGUCAGAGAUGAAAGCAGAAUAUUUUCCACCCAAAGAAGAUGUUAUCUUGCAAAACGAAGCCCCCACUGACUUUUAUAUACUGGUCACUGGUGCCGUGGAACUACUAGUUCUUAAAAAUGGGGUUGAGCAGGUUGUUGGAGAGGCCAAAACUGGUGAUCUUUGUGGUGAAAUUGGCGUGCUUUGUUAUAAGCCACAGCUUUUCACAGUUCGAACGAAGCGACUAAGUCAGUUGCUCAGGCUAAACCGUACUUCGUUCUUGAAUAUUGUUCAGGCCAACGUGGGAGAUGGAACCAUAAUAAUGAAUAAUCUCCUUCAGCAUUUGAAAGAGAUCAACGAUCCAAUCAUGGAGGGAGUUUUGGUGGAUAUUGAGAACAUGUUAGCUCGUGGUAGGAUGGACCUACCAGUGAGUGUGUGCUUUGCGGCAGCAAGAGGAGAUGACUUGUUGUUACAUCAAUUACUCAAACGGGGCAUGGAUCCAAAUGAAUCCGACAACAAUCGAAGGACAGCUUUGCAUAUAGCGGCAUCUCAAGGAAAAGAGAACUGUGUUUCGCUUCUGUUAGAUUAUGGGGCGGAUCCCAACAUUAGAGAUUUGGAAGGUAAUGUGCCACUAUGGGAGGCUAUAGUGGAAGGACAUGAGUCAAUGAGCAAGCUGUUAUCAGAGAAUGGAGCAAACUUGCAAUGCGGGGAUGUGGGUCAAUUUGCAUGUAAUGCCGUUGAACAAAACAGUCUCAACUUGCUGAAGGAAAUAAUGCGCUAUGGAGGAGAUAUCACGCUUCCAAACAGCAACACAGGGACCACAGCCUUGCACGUUGCAGUCUCUGAAGGCAACGUUGAGAUUGUCAAAUUCCUUUUGGAUCACGGGGCGAGUAUUGACAAGCCAGACAAGCAUGGCUGGACCCCAAGAGAUCUUGCAGAUCAGCAGGCACAUACAGAAAUCAAAGCCCUUUUUGAUUCCACUGGGGAGCCUAAGGUUCAGUCUUCCUUCGCUAUUCCCGAGAGGAACAGCAAGAUCAGGUACCUUGGUAGGUUCACAAGUGAGCCAACCAUGCCAUUGCCUCUUGAUGGCUCGUUUCAUGAGAGCCAGAGCCAGAGCCAGAGCCAGAGCCGGCCGAGGCGUCGGAGCAACAACUACCAUAACUCACUCUUUGGGAUAAUGUCAGCAGUACACAAUGGGGAAAAGGACCUGCUUUCAGCUGUUGACAUGAAUAACAAUGCAAGGAAUGGUAUGAAGAGUAGUAGUGCUAGUAGUAGUGCACUUGGUCCAACUAGAGUUAUCAUUAGUUGCCCUGAGAAGGGUGAGGUUGUUGGGAAGCUUGUUUUACUACCUGGAAGCUUUCAAGAGCUAGUUGAGAUUGGAGCCAAGAAAUUUGGUUUCUAUCCUAAUAAGGUUGUAUGCAAAGAUGGAGGUGAAAUUGAAGAUCUGGAGGUGAUUAGGGAUGGUGACCAUCUUGUUUUUCUUGGUGCAAGUGGGGUGCUUGAAUCCAAUUGUCCAGCUCCAGCACCACUAACCAAUGGUGUGCAUAUAUAGUAUGCAUAUAAGGAACGCUUACUAUUAAUUGUAAUUGUUUUACUUUUUCCUGUCUCUUCUGUGUUCUCAAUUGUAAAUCUUUAGCCUUCUUCUCGUGGUUACUUUUAUUGUAAUGCGAUAUAAUAUAUUUUGGCCUUGGUCUUAUGGUGACCUCCCCCUAUUUCUUUCUCA